AUGGAUUGUAACUUGAUGGUCCGAAUUAGUACCAAUUCGUCCAUAGGGAAAGCAACCUACAGGAUACGUCGCCCCAUGUCCAUGGAUGGUUCAGGUUCAAGCCAUUCAGUGUCACCCAGAUAUUGGAAACAACCCAACUCGAGUCGUAAAGUCGAGCACAGUCCAGACAUUGCCAUUGACGAAGGAAAUCAGAAACUAGAAAA